AGUGUAAAGUCGACAUCAACGCGAUUGGGUUUGGGCGAAACAAUUUCACGUAAAAACCGAGGCGGAAUCUCUCCACCGUUGGAUCUCAAUUCUCAAACCAUCACUCCACCCGUCAACUACGAACCACCCUCACGCCUCAUCAUCAUCUUUUUCACCUACUGUUUUCGCUCUUCUCCCUAAAAUAAGAAAAAAAAAACUUUUUAUGAUUUUAUCUCCUCUCCAAAAUCUUCGCUUCUCCUACGCCACCCACUCCCGCUCUUCACCCGCUUCAUACUGGGUUUUGGAGAUUCAUUUCUGAUGGAAAGUAACAAGAAGGUUGUAGAUGAGUCUCUCUUAGUGGAGAGAAAUGGUGCUGAGGAUGAGGUUUCAGAACUGCCAGUAGAGGAGAACGCAACUGUUGAGUCAAAAGUUGAUGAAGUGAUGGCUAAGGGAAUUGCAGCAGAGACGUCCAGUGUUGGUUUGGAGGAUAGGGAUACAAUAGUGGAUGAAGGCAGCAAUGCUGAGAAUGUUGAGGUUGGUGUUGGCUCUUUGCAGGACAAGGCGGAGUCAGAUUCAAUAGAUGAUGAUGAAGAGUUUGAGGAGGCAGUUGAAGCUGUUGUUGAGGAUGAGAAGUUUGAGGAGGCUGUUGAGCCUUCUCCUGAGGCUCAAAGUGCUGAAGAUGAGACAGGAAGUGAGCUAGAGGUUUUGGGAAAUAAGGACUCUGCAGUUCAGGAUCAGAAUAAUUCAGAUCAAUUUGCGAGGGAUGAAACUGUACAAUUGGAGAAAUUUGACAGUGUUGAGAGUGGUAAAGCAGAGGUGAUGGAAUUUCUUGAUUUGGAUGCAACUAGCAAAACUGAUACUUCAAUAUAUUUAGUUCAAGAGAACGAAAAAUCUGAUGUAGUUGCAGAGAAGCCUGAAAAUGGAGUUUUGGAUCAUUUGAACCCAGAGGAAACUCUAACCUCUGAUGCUGUUAAGACCUAUGACAAUGAAAAUGAUUCAAUGACUGUUGAUGAUGGCAAACAUGAUGAGGUAGUUCAUGAAAAGUUGGGAAUGCGAGAUGCCAAUGAAGUGAAAGGAGGUCAUGGCAAUCCCCAGAAACCGGCUGAAUCUUACAAAGACAUUUUGCUUCAAUCUGAAAAAUCUAUUGAGGUGAGGGAAACAUCCGAUACAACUUAUACUGGAUUUCAGGAUGAGGUUGACAUUCACAAUUGCAACUCAGCUAUCCCUGAUACUGAAUCGAAGGGUGAGAAGUGUACUGAUCUGGAUGAGAAGGAUUCAUUGCUUCUGGAAUCGGUGGACUCUGAUGGUGAGAAUGAAGAGGGGAAGGAUGCUCCUCCAUGUGAUACUUCAGUUAAUGGACACCAUGGAGAAAUACUCUUCAAUGAGGGAAUGAAGGAAAAGCAAUCACUGGUGCCUAAAUCAUUGAAUUCAAGUGAAAAUGAUGAAGAGCAGAAGGAUGUCCAGAGCAAUGAUGAUGGCGAUCCAGACCGCCAAAGAGUAAGCUCCAAAUUAUCUAUAGAAUCAAAAGAAAACGAAUUACCUGAUCCAGCUACCAACCACCAUGGAGACAGUUCAGUGGGAAAUAGAGCAGCCACUCUUGAAGUUGUUAGCUCUCAUCCAUCCAAAGAUUCCAUGGAGUUGCCGGUGCUUAGCUCCUUUAAUCAGGAUAACAAGAAUGGAGAGCAGAAGGGUGUCCAGAGUAAUGAUACAGUUCUGGACCACCAAGGAGGAAGCUUUAAGUUACCUCCAGAAUCUAAAGAAAAUGAAAUACCUGAACCAGCUAUUAAGCACAAUGGAGACAGCUCAGUGGGUUAUAAAGCAGUUGCUCCUGAAGCCAAUUGUUCUCAUCCAUCCAAAGAUUCCAUUGAUGUUGAGACCUGUGCUAGUUCCUCUGACUUGGCUGUAGAAAUUUCAAAACAUCCUCAACCUCAAUUCGUGAAAUCUACCCUUGAGAUCCCCAAAGCUGUGGCUAAGGAGCCUGUUGACGUUAAACAAGUAAUAUAUAUGGAAGCAAAUCAAACUAUUCCUUUGAAUGGAGAAGAGGAAACCAAAUCUGUGACAGAUUCAUCUUCCUUUGCUGUAUCUGCAAGAGAAGAUGAAAUGAAAUCUGCAACAGAUUCAUCUGCCCCUACUGCAUCUGCAAGAGAAGAGGAAACUAAAUCUGCAACGGAUUCAUCUUCCUCUGCUGCAUCUGCAAGAGAAGAGGAAACUAAAUCUGCAACAGAUUCAUCUUCCUCUGCUGCAUCUGCAAGAGAAGAGGAAACUAAAUCUGCAACAGAUUCAUCUUCCUCUGCUGCAUCUGCAAGAGAAGAGGAAACUAAAUCUGCAACAGAUUCAUCUUCCUCUGCUGCAUCUGCAAGAGAAGAGGAAACUAAAUCUGCAAUAGAUUCUUCUUCCUCUGCUGCACCUGUGACACGUACUGCAACACCUACUCGUCCAGCUGGCCUUGGGCGUGCUGCCCCACUGCUGGAACCUGCAACUCGGGUGGUGCAGCCACCUCGAUUGAAUGGAGCAGUAUCACAGGUGCAAAACCAACUUGUUGAAGAAUCCACAAAUGCUGAGGGUGAGGAAAAUGACGAGACACGUGAGAAGCUCCAAAUGAUACGAGUUAGAUUUUUGCGCCUUGCUCAUCGGCUUGGGCAGACUCCACAUAAUGGUGUUGUUGCUCAGGUCUUGUACAGACUAGGAUUAGCUGAACAGCUGAGAGGGAGAAAUGGAGGAGGUCGUGUUGCUGCUUUUAGCUUUGAUCGUGCUAGUGCUAUGGCAGAGCAACUUGAGGCUGCUGGACAGGAACCUUUGGAUUUCUCUUGCACAAUUAUGGUUCUUGGGAAGACAGGGGUUGGUAAAAGUGCAACCAUAAAUUCCAUAUUUGAUGAAGGUAAAAUUGACACUGAUGCUUUCCAAAUUGGAACAAAGAAGGUUCAGGAUGUUGUUGGAACUGUGCAGGGGAUCAGGGUCCGGGUAAUUGACACGCCAGGACUUUUAUCUUCAUGGUCAGAUCAGCGCCAAAAUGAGAAGAUACUCCAUUCUGUCAAAAACUUUAUCAAGAAAACACCUCCAGAUAUUGUUCUGUAUCUUGAUAGGUUGGAUAUGCAGAGCAGAGAUUAUGGUGACAUGCCAUUAUUACGGACAAUAACAAAUGUAUUUGGAUCGUCAAUAUGGUUUAAUGCUAUUGUUGUUUUGACACAUGCUGCGUCUGCUCCACCCGAAGACACGAAUGGUACUGCCACAAGCUAUGAUGUUUUUGUAACUCAGCGUUCACUUGUUGUGCAGCAAGCUAUUCGUCAAGCAGCUGGAGAUAUGCGCCUUAUGAAUCCUGUUUCUUUGGUGGAAAAUCACUCAGCAUGCAGGACUAAUAGAGCUGGGCAAAGAGUAUUGCCUAACGGUCAGGUUUGGAAACCUCACCUGUUGCUUCUGUCCUUUGCCUCAAAAAUUUUGGCUGAAGCAAAUAAACUUUUGAAGUUGCAAGAUAGUCCUCCUGGAAGGGCUUUUGCCCAUCAAGCACAAUCACCUCCCUUACCCUUUCUUCUAUCAUCCUUUCUGCAACCAAGACCACAGGUUAAAUUGCCAAUGGAGCAAUUUGGUGAGGAUGAUGAGGCUUUAGAUGAUGAAUUGGAUGAAUCCUCAGAUUCGGAAGAUGAGUCAGAGUAUGAUCAACUGCCUCCAUUUAAAUGUUUGACCAAAGCCCAGCUAGCAAAGCUCACAAAAGAGCAAAGGAAGGCAUAUUAUGAUGAACUAGAAUACAGGGAAAAGCUUUUUAUGUUGAAGCAGUUGAAAGAGGAGAGAAGGCGGCGGAAGACAUUGAAGCAAAGGCAAGCUGCUGCUAAAGAUUUGCCUGCUAAUUCUGAAGAAAGUACAGAAGAGGAUAUUAAUGGUGCAGCUUCUGUUCCUGUGCCCAUUCCAGACAUGGCCUUACCUGCUUCAUUUGAUUCUGAUAACCCAACUCAUAGAUAUCGUCGUCUGGAUUCUUCUAAUCAGUGGUUUGUGAGGCCUGUCCUAGAUUCACAUGGUUGGGACCAUGAUGUUGGUUAUGAGGGCAUAAAUGUGGAAAGAUUGUUUGUGGUCAAAGAGAAGCUCCCUAUAUCUUUCUCUGGUUCAUUAUCAAAGGAUAAAAAGGACAGCAGCCUACAAAUGGAAAUAGCAAGUUCAGUGAAUCAUGGUGAUGGGAAAGCAACCUCUUUAGGCUUUGAUAUGCAGUCACUAGGUAAGGAUAUUGCUUAUACCCUUCGCAGUGAGACAAAGUUUCUUAAUUUCAGAAAAAAUAAGGCAACUGCUGGUCUUUCGGCUACUCUCCUGGGUGAUGCCAUAACUGGGGGGUUUAAAGUUGAAGACAAAUUUAUUGUUAGCAAACGCGGCCAGGUUGUCAUUUCAGGUGGUGCCAUGUUUGGUCGUGGGGAUGUUGCUUAUGCUGGUAGCUUGGAAGCCACAUUGAGAGAUAAAGAUCAUCCCCUUGGCCGUUUUCUGUCUACUCUUGGACUCUCUUUCAUGGAUUGGCAUGGAGAUAUUUCUUUUGGAUGCAAUUCUCAGACGCAAAUACCUGUUGGGCGACACACAAACUUGAUUGCCCGUGUUAACAUUAAUGAUAAGGGUUCUGGACAAGUCAGUCUUCGCCUGGCCAGCUCUGAACAGCUUCAGAUAGCCUUAAUUUGCCUGGUUCCUGUUGCCAGAAAGAUACUAGGUUAUUGUCAGCAAGUUCAAUACACUUAAUGUGAUGAAAUCAGGUCAUACAAGAUUGAGCAGUAUAGUCAUUAAGUGUGACUUCUGCAUUGUUCUUUAGUUCAUGCUUAUCAUUAAAAGCUUUGUGUGCAGACUCACUCAAUAUUGUGUUGGAGAAAGUUCGGAUGUGGAGAGCCAUUGUCAGAGUCUUGUUCAGCUUUCUGAAGGAUCACCUGUGUCUGGAAAACGUUUUGUUCUAUUCUAUCUUAAGAAGAGAUGUAAUAGAAUAGUUUAUUUUCACGCAUUUAGAAUAUCCGGUUUUGUCACUUUCCAUAGCCCUUUUUCUGAGCCUUGUAUCUAGACUUGAUGCUGGAACAUUAUUGAAAUAAUGUAAUUUCAAGUCUUUUUCCUUUGGGUUUCUAGAAUGUAAAUUGAGAUCUAUUUUAUUAGAGUAAUUGUACAGGGUGUGUUGGCGCGGAAAA